CAGAUAUUGCAAAUUUUAAUGAAUUUAUUUUGACUGGCUGAAAAGUGCCUAUGGAAUGAAGACAAGUUGAUAUUAUUUUCAAUUCGUCUAUGCAAGUAGAAAAGUAUAAUUGAAACCAUGAUUAAUGUGCAUGGAAUUCGUCGGAAUGUCAAAAAUGUUGUGCGGAACUACACGGAAGCGCAGAUUAAAGUUCGUGAAGCUACUUCAAAUGAUCCUUGGGGUCCAUCCAGUACUCUUAUGAGUGAAAUUGCAGAUUUAACUUAUAAUGUAGUUGCCUUCUCAGAAAUAAUGCAAAUGAUAUGGAAGAGGUUAAAUGAUCAUGGAAAAAAUUGGCGACAUGUUUAUAAAGCAUUAGUUUUAUUGGAAUAUUUGAUUAAAACAGGCUCUGAAAAGGUUACUCAACAGUGCAAAGAAAAUAUAUUUGCAAUUCAAACACUCAAAGACUUUCAGCAUAUAGAAGAUAAUAAGGAUCAAGGAUUAAAUGUUAGAGAAAAAUCUAAACAAUUAGUUUCGUUGCUAAAAGAUGAAGAGCGUUUAAAAAAUGAACGUGCUCGGGCAUUAAAAGCUAAAGAAAGAUUUGCCCAGGCAACUUCACAUGUUGGGAGUGAUUCUGUUGAAAAAGUAAGUUUUCUUGUAACCUAUCUGACGGUGUAAAGUUUUAAUUAUCUGAGACAAUUGAGAGCUGAAGUCAAAUAUAAUUUUUAAAUGGUUAAUCAUGUAGAAAAUUUGACCUGAAUUUUGAUGAUAAUCAAAUGAUAAAGCCAUAUUUUCCUUAUUGGAAUUAGUUAGCAAAGU